UUUCGACCCCGAAGCCCCUGGACGAAUCCGGCGCCAAAGAUGCGCCCGAACCGAUGGCCUUGGCACGCAGCCGGUCCGCGAUGGAGGCUCGGACAAAGCUGCCGCAGCUGACUCCGCCGGAUGCCGGAAAGCCUGGCAGGCGAGCGGGCAGCUUGCCUCCACCAGGAAGCCAAAGCGCUUCCGUGCCGGACAAGUUGCCUGCCAUCGGCAUUUCAGUGCCCGGCCGCGGCGGUGGAUAUGCUGCAGGCGAGACACAGCGAGAGGAGAAGGCGAGACCAAAACCAAGCAAGGAGCGGGCAGCGAAGAACGCGCCGCGCAGCGCGCCUGCACUCGCGUCUCAUGAGCCGCGGCGCAAGCCUCCGCCUCCGAGGCCGCCAGCGUCCAAAGAGGCGCCAGUGCCGGCACCAGCUCCGUCAUCUCCAGCUGCUUCAGCUCCGAAGUCGGGGCUCCGCAACUUUGUGAGCGAAGAGCUUCGCAAGGUGCUAGAUGAGGAAGAUGUGGCGUACAGCUGGCGCAGGCGUCCGAGGGAGACUACGGAGGCGCCAAGCUCGGAGCCAAAGCCGCCUUCGGUUGCGCCGGAGCGGCCGGAGCCGAAGCCGCGAGUGCCCAAACCCCCAGGGCGGCCGGGUGGCUACAGUGCAGCUGGCGCAGGAGUCCUGGCCGUCGCGAAACCAAAGAGUGUUUCAGCUGCUUCUUCCGAUCUGGGCGCGCCGACCUCACGUCCGUUCCCAGAGAGGCUGGUUCCAGAGCUUGUGAAGCCUUCGGUUCGGCUUGUCGCCUACGGCGGUGGUGUUGCCAUGCUGAGCGCUAGCGCCUUGUGCUCGGUGGGCCCAGGGGAUGAUGCCCUGAGAGCUCCGCCUCCGCAGUGGCUGCAGCGCUGGCUGCGGGGGCUCUGCAGCUCUGAGCUCGCGAACUUGGCGGCUGAGAGCUGGCUCCAUGAUGAAUGUUCGGACCUGGCUGAAGAAUCAGCAUCUGCGGGUUCAGCGCUGGCGCUGUCGGCAGGCUUGCUAGUGGAUCCUGGGACUGCGCCACGAGCUCUUGCUGCUUCUCCCCUGGAAGCAGCGGCCGCUGCAGCACAGCAGGUGCUGGAGGCGACGCAGGCGUCGGGCCAUCUCUCUGAAAUCGAGCUGAUGGCCUCUGAGGCGGAGGUGGCUUUGGCGCGCCUCGAGACCGGCUGCCGCGGGCGCGAGGCUCUGCAAGCAGCGCUCAGGAGGGAAGUAUUUCGCUUCAUGUGGUGCUCCUUCGCGCCUUUGGCUCCGCCCCGUUGGGACGAAUGGCUGGAGGACCAGCUUCGGAUGACGCCCCAUGCAGCAGAGGAAUACAUCCGGGGCUGCACACUCGAGGACUUGGAAGCCGAGAAUCGUUUUCUUGACAGAUACUUGGUGCGCCUGUUGAAACUGAAGCGUCGGCUGGCGAAGCUGCUGGAGGCGUUGGAGAAGGUGGAUCACUACAAAAUCCUGGGGGUGGCUUCCGACGUCUCGGACAAAGAGCUUCGGGCGGCCUAUCGCAAGGCAUGUUUGAGGCUACAUCCUGACAAGGGCGGUGACAAGCAGCAGUUCCAGCAACUACAGGACUCCUAUGCCCGCAUUUUGGAGGAGCGCGAGCAGGACAAGGCCAAGCGCCCUGCGCCUCCGCCGGCGCCGGGCCGCUCAGCUGCCCGCGCACCGGCGCCGGCUGCCCGCUCGCCGGCGCCGGAUGCGGAAGCCGCAGCGGAGCCGCUGGCCAUCGAAGGAGCCGACGUGGAGGAGGAUUCCGCUGCAGCCGAGGUGCUGAGCGCCACGGACCGCUUGCGCCACCUCGCGGAGGAGCUCCACGUACUGAUCCGCCAGGCAGAGAAGGCGGACGCGCGGAUACGAGGCCUGAAGUCGCAGGAGGGGGUGGAAGCGCUGGCAGCGGCGCAGGAUGCCGGGGAGGAGCUGCUGAAGUUGAGCCAGCGAGUCGGGGAGUUCGCCCCCAAAGUCUCGGAGGCGUCCAUGGAGGUUGCGGAGUCCAGCUUAUCCGUGGCUGCCCGCUUUACAUCGGUGCCGUGCGCGCUGCUCUUGACUGAUGUGGCGCUCUCUUGCACCUUGGAGGCCUCCAGGCUGCAGCACACCGGCAAAGCGGCCACGGAGGUUGGCCGAGAUACCACCAGCACGCUGCACACGCUGCAGGCGAACCUGCAGAUGGCGAAGAUCCUGGGCACCGUUGACGCCGAAACGUUGAAGCUUUCCCUCAAUUUGGUCACCAAGGCCUCACGCCGGAUGUUGGCGGCCAUGCGCUCGGUGGAUUCCGCCUCCGCCGACGCAGUGCAGCGCAGCGGCUUCUGCCUCGCGCACGCGCGGGCGGUGUGUCGCUUUGCUGCCGGAAGGCCGCCGGACGAGGUCCAGGAAGAGCAAGCGGCGCUGCCGGCACCGGAAGGUAGCCGCUUCUCUCCAAAACAGGAAGCACAAGGAUCGCAGGAGUCGCCCUCGCCCGAACGGGCACAGCGCGGGGACUUCUCGCACUUCCCCUGUCCACCCGGGGCACCUCCAGAAAGAAGCGCGCAUAGCCGCUCGGUCCAGUCGCGGCUGCAGAGCGACCGCCUGCUGCGGCAGCUGGACUUGGAGCUGCGGCAGCUGCAGGCACGCCUUGGAUCUAAGGCACCCAUGCAGCCCUCAGCUGCAGCCAAAGAGCUGGUGGCUGAGCUGUUGCAAGCGGCCACCGCCAAUGCCGUUGAAUCCAAGGAUCUCCGGGUCCCCUUCCUCUUCGUGGAGCGCUGCACCAUGUCCGCGCCCUGGGAUAUCCCCGCGCAGCUGGCGCGGAUGGUGGCUCUCGCCGAGCCGCAGGCGCUGCUGGAGGCGCUGCGGAAGGCCAAGGCGGAGCUCGCCGCGGCCUUCGGGGGUGGAGCGCUGGAGCACUUCGAGGUGCUCGCGCAGGCAGUUGUGAAUGCCAAGCUUACGUGAUGGGCGCUGGCUUGGAUUGGGCGAAUGCAGAUGCAACACUUUCCGAGUUAGUGGCA